AUGCAGUGCCACACCUGUCGCAAGCGGCGAGUACGCUGUGACGCUGCGCUGCCGGCGUGCCAGAAGUGCCGCGACAGGGGCCUCGAGUGCCUGGGCUACGGCGCGCAGAAGCCGCUGGUCUGGCUAGCGGGCGGCGGCAACCAGAACCUCUUCCUCCAGCAGGACAAGGACAAGCCCAGGCGGAAAAAGGGGCGGCCUCGCCUGAUAGUAGACGAGACGCCUUCUACUACUACUACUUCUACUUCUACUACUUCUGCUUCUAGUGAUGGCGCUGUUUCUACUGCUUCCUCUCGGGAUGGCAGCCCCAUGGCCGUCGUGGCCAGCCGCAUACCAGAGUCCAUGAUGUUUACCUACCCGGCAGAGAUACAGAAGGUCGUCCGCACUAUUUGGUACUAUGAACACGAGCUGGCGCCUGAUCUGGAUCCGAUCAACCAUCUCGAGCUCUCGGCCUCAGAGGAUCCCACGGCCUGGCAGGACGACCUGGCCUCCAUCCUCUGGCACAUCCUCAUCUGCGCCGUUGACACGCACAAGGCCAUUCGCACGCAGCCAGACGACCAGGUAGAGGUCGGCCGCUCGGUCUACAGGUCCAAGUCGCACACCCUGCGGCGGCUGAACAAGAACCUCGCUGACCCGGCCACUCGCAUCUCGGACGUCACCCUCAUAGGCGUCUUGACCCUUUUCCUCGCAGAGACGCAGCUGUCGGCGGUUGGGUCGUGGCAGACGCACUUUGAGGGUGCAUGUCAUAUCAUCCGCAUGCGUGGUGGUGUCAAGACCGUCGCCCGUCACAGCGCUGCCCUCAACGGUCUACUCACUUACUUCAUGAUAGCGGAUGUGAUGACCUACACUACUAUAUCCUCGUCUCUCCCCAUGCUCGAUGCAAGGAGACAGCUGGAGUACUCCGAGAUCAUACCGGAAGUCUACCAGAACGGCUCGGGCACCUGCGUUCCCUGUCCCAACGAGCUGUUUGAUGCCAUCAUCCAGAUAAACCACCUCAGAGCUGUGGCAGAGUCGCAGUCCCAGUCACAGUCACAGUCAGGCAUAGUAGAGCUCGUACAGGACCAGGAAGACGGCUCCCCCGGCAGCACCGCAAGCAGCAACAGCAACAGUAACAACAACAGCUUAAAGGCGUCAGUCCAUGCUCUGCUGCAGAAUAUACUGUCCUUCCCCAUUGCCUCAUGGGCGGAUGCCAUGCACGACCAGUCGGGUCACCACCCCGUAGGAUGUAGCAAGUCGGAUCCCAAGAAGGCCUACCUGCGUCCCGAGAGGGCAGACUGGGUACGCAUAGCAAGCAUCUACCAUGCUGCAACUGCCAUAUACUGCGUCCGAAGCCUGGGUCAUCUCCUCGACGCAGACGAACUGCUUCACGUCUCCGUCCCUUGUCCUGCCACAACUACUUCCGCUUCUUCCUCUUUCUCUUCCUCUCCCUCCACUUCAUACGUGUCUACGUCUGAUAUCCUGUCCGUGGCGAAGCAGAUACUCUUUGACAAGCUGCGGGAAGUCCUAGUCACCGUCACCGAUCCUCGACAGUCCUUUGUCAAAGUCUUGCUCUGGCCUAUGUUCGUGGCUGGCGUCGAAGCGGCCCUGGACACGGACAAUGAGGCAGCCGAGUUCAGAUCCUUGCUCGAGUCAGUCUUGCGGCGCCUCUGUCGAUCCCUGGGUACACUUAGCAUUUGUGGCUUGCGGAACUUCCUACUUGCCCUGUGGGAGCAUCUCGGACAGCUUCAGUCGCAGUCUCAGUUUCAAUCGCAUCCGCAUUCAUGGUCAUGGAGCGAGCUGAUGAUGCUCUCUCCCGGUCGAAGCGUCUUCUUCAUGUAG